AUGCAAAUCCAACUGUUCUACUCGCAUUUCAUCCUUGCGACUGCCAGACAUACGCGUGCGAAACAGAUGGACCGCUUCGAUGAUCAAGCCGCCGUCAUUCUGGAUCUCGUCAAGGAAUACUUGUCGCCAUACCGAGCUGAACAUGGACCAAAGCCUUGUACCAUCAAGGGACUCUACCGGUACACGCCCUUUCCUCAGAAGCAGGAAUAUAGCUUUUCGCUCGAGUACGUAGUCGUGCCUACUUUGUUCGCCAUCUGCUUGAAGCUUCGACAUUCGGGGAUCAGAAAGCGAGCACUUCGACUACUGCGGUCUGCCAACAGACGUGAAGCAGGGCAAUCGAGCGAAGAAUUGUGUCACUAUGCUGAUGCUAUCAUCCAUCUGGAAGAGUCAAUGGUAGGUGUUGAGACAACCGACAGUGUGAAUCCCCUCGAGGUGGUCAUCGAGCAAGCUGGGUAUCUUGAGGUCAGUCUGGUCUGUGGAAGAUUUGGGACCGAAGGAGAUGGAUGCUUGAACAUUAUCGAGUACAAGGGUGCCGGGCUGCCGCCAUUGCGUCUGCANAAGGUGAAGGAGAGUGUGUUCCCAUUUGGAGUCGGACCAAAGGAAUUCGUGGAGAAGACCGGUACGUGUCAUUGCCCUGAAGGAUUAGAGCAACAAUACUGCACAGUCACACGAUGCUGGAGCUGA